AAACUGAUCAAGUACUAUGAGUCGGUUUAAAUCACCGAAUAGGAUCGAAAAUUCUACUCUCUCCUUUUUUGUUUCCUUUUCUUUUUAUUGGACCCUGUUUUUCCUUUUAUUUUUCUUAUUCUCAUGAAAACUGAUCUUGUCUUUGAUCAGACCACUUUACAACUAUAUUCUAAUUAUGUUGGUAUUCAAACUAUUAAAGAACUUCAAUCUCACCUGCAAUUUAUCCAACAACAACUCAAAAAAAUAGGUACUUCAUAUCGAUGUAUAGAACAUUACAAAUUUGCUUCAAGUCGAAUGACACAAAGAUUCUUUUAUUCAAUGUUAUUGAAAUAUGGUCAACAAUAUGAUAAACCUUUCUUAUUGGAUAUUGGAUGCUGUACAGGAACGGAUUUAAGACAAUUAUAUCUUGAUGGUUAUCCAAAGGAUUAUCUUGUUGGAAUAGAUACUUCUUCUCAUUAUAUUGAUUGUGGUUAUGAUCUAUUCCGGGAUAGAUCUCAAUGUCCAAUUAUCUUUAUGAUAGGUGAUAUAUUUAAUGAUGAAUUAUUGAAUGAAAAACAAUGGAUGGUGGUCAUGGCUGGUAGUGUGAUUCAUCUAUUUCAAGAUAUGGAUCAAGUAGAAAGAUUUGUCAAACGGAUGACGCAAUUGUUACAAUCUGGUGGAUUAUUCGUUGGCGCACAUGUAUCUAUGCUACACACUGGUACAGUAUCUAGACAAGUCAAUGGUCAAACAAAAAACAAGUUUUAUAUUGGACAAGAUGAUUUUCAUGUUAUUUUGACUCGAUAUGGUUUCAAAGAAAUUCAAUUUGAAACAGAACAACGAAUACCUGAAGAAGAAGAAGAAGAAGAAGAAGAUACUUGCCUUUUGGAUUCAAUCCAUCAUCUCUUUUGGUUAUCUUUUUCUGCUAUUUAUUCCCCUUUAGAUUAGCCUUUUUUUUUUGUAUACCUUUUUGUAUACCUUUUUGUGAUUCUUUUAAAUUGUACUUUUUUGUUUUGUCAAUAAAAAUAUCUAUUUUUGUGUCUUGGA